AUGCAUCAUCAGGAAAAUCAUCACCACAACCAGAUAUCAUCGUCAUCAGGUAAACGAGAGAGAACUCAUCACAAAAUUGAUUCGGAACAAGUAGAGGAGGAUAUCGAUGUAUUCAAAACGGAACACAGAAUGAAAGACUUGGCCAUUUUCCAAAAGAGUCUAAAUAUGCACUCUCAACAAUUGAAAGAACAGAAAGAGGGAAUGGAACAAGUUUCCAUCACUUUAAAAACAAAAACUAGAGGAAGAAACAAAUCAGUAACUGAGUAUCCUGAUAGCAUGUUUCAAUUACAAUACACCUACUAUGAAUAUUUGUGUAAGAAUAAGAUGGCAAAGGAACAGGCUUCAGUUGACUUUAUUCCAUAUAAGGAUGAUGAUUUUUGUGUGGAUUAUCAAUCAUAUUCGAAAUACUUUGAUGAUUUGAGUUUUAUAGAAAAUGGAAAUAAUUCUGCAAAAAAGAGUGGAUAUUCCAAGUUUAUGAAAUAUUAUUUGGAUUUGUGGGCCGAAACUAUUUACCGAACAAUGGUAGAAAGAAUUAGUGAAAAAUAUGGUGAAAAUGAUGAAGUGUUAAAAUUACUGGCUGAGGAUUUUAUGAGGGAGUAUGAAAAUGAGAAUCAAGAACUAUUUGUCAUGGCAGAGGAACACUUACAAUAUGAUAGGAAAAAGUUUAGACUGAAAAUUAUGGAACUGUUCCAGGAACAAUUAUCGAGCUAUUCAAUUUUCAAGAGGGAAAAUGAGCAAAAAUCUCAAUCAAAGAAUGGAUCACUAGAAUCGAUAUGGAGUAUUACAGCCAAGCUAUUUUGUUACAAGUGCAUGAAAUUUGAUUGUGCUAUUCACAGAGUGGAGUAUGAUACAUGCAUUAGAGAUCCAGAAGAUGCUAGAGCCACCCCUGAAUAUAAUAAUGAAUUAUCUAUUGGCUCUAUUUUAGAAAAGCUAUUCAAAACUCAAAACUCAUUGCUUGUCAACAAAAAAUACUCUCUUAAACCAUGCUCAUCAGAGUGCUAUCUGCAUUGUGUUGAGGAUGAAUCAAUAUCAGAUUCAUACGACCAUUGGACGAAAUAUGAUAAGGAAAUUGCCCUUAAUACUGUUUUUAUCUAUGGAGAACGAUUUUUGGAAAAUAUGAACAAUUCAAAGUGUUCCAAUAGAGAUGUCUUUUGUCAGAUGGCAGAACAUCACAUUCGUCCAUGCAGAGAAAUUAAGAAAUUCAUCUGUGAUUGGUUCUUUAAUUUCAAAAUUAGAAUGGCAAGAAGGAAAUCUCCACCCAAGAACAAGGUAGAAGAGUUGGCCAUUAUGAGAGGUGUGGCAAAAUCAUUCUUAACGCCCGAAGAGUUGGAUAUGUUAGAAACUCAAAUUGUUAAGAAAAUCAACCCUGAGAAGGUUAUCUUUCCCAAUCUUCACAAACCAAUGCUCUAUAACCCGUGUCAGUGUGCAAUAAUGAACGUUUCAGAAUGUAAUUGUGUAAAGAAUGGAACCUUUUGUACAGAGUUGUGUAAUUGCUUUACAGAAAAGAAUAGAUUCAAAAAUCACAACUGUGCAGGGGCUAAGUGUACAUGUAAAAAGUAUCAGAGAUCGUGUUUUGGAUAUUGUGACUGUAAGAAUAGUUGCCAGAAUAGUUUUUCUAAACACUUUAUGAAACGGUGUGCAGUAGGAUUCAGUCAGCUGCAUGGUUUAGGUUUAUUCUCUCUGGAGCCUAUUAAAAAGGACGAGCUGAUAGUGGAGUAUGUUGGUGAGAUUGUAUCCAUAUUGGAAGAGAAUAGAAGAUCAGUAAUCUAUGACAUGUAUGAAUCGAGUUAUUUGUUCGAACUGAAUGAAAAUAUGAGUGUGGACGCGUUUAGAAAAGGAAAUGAAUCAAGAUUCCUCAAUGAUGCACAAGGAAAGGUUAGAACUUCAAAAACCAAUAAUUGCAUCCCCAAAAUUGUGUAUGACACCAAUUCACAUGAUUACAGGAUUGGGAUUUAUGCAUUGAAAGAUAUUGAUAUUCAUUCAGAAUUACUCUUCUCUUAUGGAGACAGAUUUUGGAAGAAUUUUAAAUAG